AUGUUAAGAGGAUUUGAAAAUAGUGUAGAAUUUAAAUAUCCCAUUAGUAGGGAAUAACUAUGUGAGGAAACAUCUGACUCAUACAGAUUUUAUGUGAAGACCAGGAAAUUUGUAAGUGACUGGGCUGAAGAGCAAUUACUCAAAAAUCUUGAAGAAGUUAGUGGGAAUUUAAGCUGUGCAAAUAAGUUUGGCAAGAAGGAUGCUAAAAAAUGGCAAUAUAUAAUGGAUAAUGACAACUUUGACUUACUAUACUCUAUCAUAUUCUAUCUUGAAACAACACCAACAUCUGUUCGAAAGGAAGUCAUAGAGAUGCUUGUGAAAGGCUUGAAAGCUUUACUUAAAAGCUUAUAUGCUAAUGAGAUAUUACAAUAGGAGGAAAUGGAAAUGAAAAGACCAAGUGGUCCUUCUAACGAUAGAUAGUAUGAUAUAAAUAUCUAUAGAAACAGCUUGAAAGCUUAUGUUUACCUCAUAACUUGGUUCCUUUAAGACAAUAGUAGAUUAAAAGAAACAAAAGAAAAUCAGCAAAAAUCCAAGAAAAAAGGUAUCUAGAAUUAAAUUAUCUAGAAAAAUACAAGGAAUAUAAAUUAAUUAGAAAAGAUCCAGACAUUAAAUAAUGAAAUUCAAUUAUUGUCCACUCAAGCUUUAUAAUAAUUAAAUGAUAUCCUAGAUUAAGAGAUUCAAUUCCUUUGGUAUUAGUAAAAAAUUGAAGAGGAUUUUGCCAAAGUAUUUUUGAAAACUGGCUUUGAAUUAUUAGAAAACCCAAAUAAUACAAAGAUAUAAGAUAUUAAGGAUUUACUUUUUAUGAUGAUGCAGAGAUGUAUCUAAAAAUUCGCUAAUGAGGUCAAAUAUAUGCAAAGUUAAAACUCAUCUAAGAUUAUUGAUUUACUUUAUACUUAAGAAAAUCUUGCACCUUAUAUGGCAGAAUUCGUAGCUCUAGUUGCUGAAAAAUAAGGACCUUAAAUGCCGUGUGAUAUUAUAAGAGAGUUAACAAAUUAGAUCUUUAACAAUGAUAGUUCUCAUGAGACAAUAGGAAUCAAAAAUGUGAGUAUAUUUUUAAAAAAACUCUCAAAGUUAUCACCAAGAGUGAUUUACUAGAAUAUAAGUUCACUAUUAAGUUUCUUUGAUUGUGAAUCUUACCUUCUUAGAUAAGCAAUUAUAAAAAUUUUAGCUAAUAUCAUUCAGCUAGUCUUAACAACUGACAGUUGUGAUUAGAAUGCUUAGAUUAUGUUCAAUAAAGCCAAAGAUAAUUUUUUGAAUUUACUCUUAAGGAGAUUUUGUGACAAGUCAGCUUAUUGUAGAGCUAAAGUCAUUAAAGUGUUUAAAAGAUUAACUGAGUCAAAUGUAGUACCUAGAUUUAAAUACUUUGACUUAUUGAAAUGUGUUUAAGGUAGAUUAAAAGACUAAACAACUCAUGUAAGGAAAAAUGCAUUAAAGCUCUUCGGCUAAAUUAUAGUUAUCUAUGGCAUGAUAUUCAAUGUUGAUUUGAAAAAAGGGGACAAAUUUCUAGAGAUCAAGGAUAUCAUAUCGUAAAAAGAAGAGAUUGUAUAGGAUAGAUAAAAAGUGUAAAUAUAAUGCCAAGAAAUCGAAAAAGAAGAACAGAGAGCAAAAAGAAAAAUCAUAGAAUAGUUGAAUAUUUAGGAUGAAGCUUCAGCCUAGCUUGCUUUACAAAGUAGUCCUGAAUACAUGACUAUAGCAAAAAGAUUAAAAGAUACUUUUGAACUUUACCAAUAAACUGAAUAUAUUUACAAAAGUUUGCAAGAGUAUGAAGAAUUUAUUAAAAGCGUGGAUGAAUCAAUUUAAUUUCUGACACUGUUACUUUCAAGCAAGACAAUACAAGAUACAAUAGAAACAAUCAAAGUAUUUAGGCUGCUUUAUUAAUUUGGUAUCAAAAGUUCUAUUAAUGGUAUUAAGAGAAUGCUAACAUUGAUAUUUUCAAAAGAUUAGAGUGUGCAGCAGGCUGUUUUUGAAUGCUAUAGACUGAUCUAUUUUGAUCAAAGCUACUAAGUUUAGGAAAAAACGAAAAAUCUCUUGAGUUUAGUUAUCAAUGCUAAUUUAACUGAUUUAACAUGUGUUGAGGAGUUAAUGAAAAAGUGUGUUACCUAAGAAAUAUUUGAAAAAGAGAUUUAUAACACACUUUGGCGUUACUACACACAUCCAAGUAAGGCUUUGACCAAAUAACCUCAUAUUUCACCAGAACUUUAGCAAAAGUAAAGAAUAUAGUCUAAAGAAGAAUAAAGGGCUUCAAUAUAGUUGUUGAGAAUGCUAGGGUCAUCAAAAAUCGAUAUUUUAAUAUCAUAAAAGGACAAUCUAUUUGAGUACUCAGAGAAGUUUGCUAAAUUUGAGAAACCUGAUUUUAUUAUAUUGAAAGAAGCAUUGUUGAUAUAUGAGAAAAUUAUAAUUUUCUAAAUGACUGAUGGCUCAAGUAGAAAGAAAAAUAAAAAAGAAUAGCCAAAAUAGUUGGAAGAUAAAGAUAAAAGCUAUUUAUUCAAGCUAUUUGGAGUAAUUAUUAAUACAUUUGGAACAGAGGAUCAAGAAUGGUUUUGCGCAGCCGAGCAAAUUCUAAAUACUUUAUUUAACAUUAAAGCCAGAAAUUCUCCUGACUAUGCCAAAUUUUUAAUUCAAGCUUUAACCAGAAAAUUAUAUACAAAAGAAAAGCAUCAUAUGGAUCAAUCUCUAAUAGAAGAAGAAAUAAAAGACAGUUAAAUGGAUAAUGAACCUAUUUCUGCAAAUAAUUUACAAACACUCAGAAAUGAUAUUACAGACUUACACUAUGCUUAAAUUUUCUUCGUUGUUGGUCAUGUAGCUAUUAAAAUGCUUACAUAUAUUGAGUAAAUUGAUUGUGAACUGAAAAGAUGCGUCUCUGACAGUUAUCAAUAAAAAAAUUAAGGAAAAAAUAGUCAAUUUUUUGAUGAAGAAAAUAAACAAGAAGAUGAACUAGAUUAAAUAAGUGGGGGCUAAGAAGCUGAAAUCGAAUAAUAUUCAUUGAUACUUCAAAAGAUUACAGAAGAGUCUCUUAUAUAAAAUGGUAUGCUAGGAAAAUUUCUGCCUCCAAUAAUUAAUAUAUCGACUCUUGCACUUUAAAAGUAUGAUUAACCCGAUGCAAAGAAAGUACCUCAGAUAUGCAUGCUAGAGAGAUCUGCAAUAUUAAGUCUUUGUAAAUAUAUGUGUGUUUCUUCAAAGCUCUGUUCUGAAAAUAUAGAUUUGUUAUUUAAAAUCCUCAACUCGAAAAUCGAUUAUGGAGUUAAAGCCAAUAUCAUUAUCAGUAUCGGAGAUUUAUUCAAUAGAUUCCCCAAUAUUUUGAAUGAAAAAACAAAAGAUAUUUUCAAUCUACUUAGAGACAAUGAUAUAUAUGUUAGAAGACAAGCUCUAAUGGUAAUUACUCAUCUAAUUUUGAAUGAUAUGCUUAAAUUAAAGGGAGAAAUUGUUGAUAUUUGCAUGUUAUUAGAGGAUCCAGAUGAUAGAAUAAAAGAUCAGGUUAAGUUAUUCCUACAUGAACUCCACACAAAAGCAAAUCAAGUCAUUUACAACUUAUUUCCUAAAGCGAUAAGUAGACUAUCAAAAGAAUAUCAAGAUCUUAGAAAAGAUGAGUUUGAAAACAUUGCUAAGAAUCUCUUAUCACAUAUUGAUAAAGACAGACAGACUGAGUCGAUAGUAGAAAAGUUAUGUUAAAAACUUAAAAACUCGACAAGUCCAAUUGAAUGGAGAAAUACUGCGUUUUGCCUAUCUUAAAUGAAGUAUAGUGAGAAAAUAUUCUUGAAAUUAUCUGAUUAAUAUGAUAACUACAAAGAGCGAUUGAACUAAAGUUUCGAAGUUAAAGAGUACUUUUUGAAUAUAGUAGCUUAAGCAAAGAAAUUUCCUAAGCCUGAAAUGAAAAAGUUAGUUGAUGAGUUUGAAUUUAAAAUUAAUGCUGACGAAAAUACUCAGCAAUAAAUGAAAAAUCAAUAGAUCCUGCUUAAUCAUAAGGCUAAUCUAAACAAGCAAAAGAAUAAAAAGAAAUAAGUAGAAAACGGUGAUACAAAUAAUGAAGAUGUAUAGAUGAGAAAUGAACCAUUUAAUCCGAAAAAAAGAAGCAGGCAGGACAUGGAAAAGUAAACCUUUGCUGAUAAUAUGCCAAAUGAUGGAGUCAUGGGAAUGAGAAAUAUGCUAAAAACAAAGAAGAGUGAGAAUUUAAUGCAAAAUUAGGUUUAAUUAUAAGGAGGAAUGCCUUAGCAAAAAGUUAGUUAGUAAAUAUAAUAAAAUAAGCAAGGAUAGGUUCCAGGUUUCUUAGUUUACCAACAAUAGCUUCAACAAUAACAAUAAAGGCAAAAUCAUCCAAAUUAAUAACAAUUUAAUAACAAUACAAAUCAUAACUAGCAAUAGCAACAGUAAAAUCAUGUAUAAUUAAGCCCAUAUUAGCAGCAAUAAGCCUAUCUUCAGUAAUAAUAGCUAAUUUAGCAGUAAUAGUAGCAACUUUUGCUUGCUUAAAAUCCUUAAUUUCAAAUGUUGACUCCUUAAUAGCAGCAAUAAUACAUAUAGAUGUAGUAAUAAAUGCAAAUGAUGCAAGAUCAAAACAAUCAAUUGCAGUUAGAGGAUGAAGAUGAAUACGAUGACGAAGAUUCUGACUCUUGA